GCCUUUUCACGUGAAAGAGCCUUUAUAAGGAGUUCAGUCAACACUCUGGCACUUUCAGACGCGAGAAUAAACGUUGAGGAACUAUCUGUAGUGUCCGACAAUAAUAGUGGCCAUCAAAAAUGGCAGCAUACACAUUACCGGAGGGAUUCUCCGAUUUUGACAUGUUUGCAUUCGGUUCAGCUCUUCUUGUUGGGGGUCUUGUGGGAUUCUUCCUCAACGCCGUUUCAAUAUUGGCCUAUAUUAGCGUAAAGCAAAUGCGAACUCCCAGUAAUUUCCUUGUCUUUAACCUGGCCGUGGCUGACAUUAUGCUCAAUACAACCGGCCUGAUCGCUGCCUACGCCAGCUUAUCGUACAGACACUGGCCCUGGGGUCAAGACGGAUGUAGCAACCACGCUGUCAUAGGGAUGACAGCAGUUCUGGCCUCCAUCAGUUUCCUGGCUACCAUCGCCUGGGACAGAUAUCACCAAUAUGUCACCAAUCAGAAGCUGUUUUGGAGCACGGCCUGGACUUUUUCUAUCAUUAUCUGGGGGUUGGCCAUCUUCUGGGCGGCCGUCCCUCUGACUGGAUGGGGAGUGUAUGACUUUGAGCCAAUGAGGACGUGCUGCACUCUAGACUACACCAAAGGAGACAAGGACUACAUUACCUAUAUGGGAGCCCUGACGGUCUUCUACCUUAUCUUCCCUGCUUAUGUCAUGAAGUCCAACUACGACGCCAUUUACGCAUACUUCAAGAAGAUCCACAAGCACAGGUGGAACACCAGCGUACCACUGAGGGUUCUGUUGUUCUGCUGGGGACCCUACGAAGUCAUGUGUAUCUACGCCUGCUUUGGCAACGCCAAACUGGUCUCUCCAAAGCUGAGAAUGUUGCUUCCUGUUUUGGCGAAAAUGAACCCUAUUUUCAAUGCUUGGCUCUAUUCCUUUGGGAACGAGUUCUACAGAGGAGGGGUGUGGCAGUUCCUGACUGGCCAGAAGUUUACAGAGCCCGUCGUUGUGAAGUUAAAAGGAAGAUAAAGGAAGUUAUUGUUAGUUACAGUCAUAGAAUUAGAACGGUCCGAGUUUCUAUGACCAUUUUACUCAUUCUAAUUCUAUGGUUACAGUACCAUACAGGCCAUAGAAUUAGAAUGUUUCAUGUUCCAUUCUACUCAUUCUAAUUCUAUGGUUACAGUACCAUACAGGCCAUAGAAUUAGAAUGUUUCAUGUUCCAUUCUACUCAUUCUAAUUCUAUGGUUACAGUACCAUACAGGCCAUAGAAUUAGAAUGUUUCAUGUUCCAUUCUACUCAUUCUAAUUCUAUGGUUACAGUACCAUACAGGCCAUAGAAUUAGAAUGUUCCAUGUUCCAUUCUACUCAUUCUAAUUCUAUGGUUACAGUACCAUACAGGCCAUAGAAUUAGAAUGUUCCAUGUUCCAUUCUACUCAUUCUAAUUCUAUGGU